AAGACUCCAAGUCGAACUCAAAACACGCAACACGCAAGUCACGAACGCACGACAAAAGGAAGAAAAACCCAAGAAAUAUCUCUGCGGCCCUGCUCGUCCCGAGCCGAGCCGGCGAGAUGGCGGGGAUGUCUCGCGCGAUCCGCAACUUCGCCGCCGCGUCCCGGCGAACCCUGACCGCUGCUUCGGGGCCGGCGCUGCCGAAGGAGGCGGCGGCGGCGGGGGCGCGGGUGAGGGCGGCGGCGCCCGGGCGCAUGGGGCGGGAUCAGGAGGACGGGAGGCGCGUGCAGUGGGUGUUCCUCGGGUGCCCCGGGGUGGGGAAGGGCACCUACGCCAGCCGCCUCUCGCAGCUGCUCGGCGUCCCGCACAUCGCCACCGGCGACCUCGUCCGCGACGCCCUGGCCACCCCUGGCCCCUUCUCCAACAAGCUUGCUGAGAUUGUCAAUCAUGGAAAACUGGUGUCUGAUGAGAUCAUCAUAAAUCUGCUGUCAAGACGUCUGGAAGAGGGAGAGGAAAAGGGUGAAUUGGGGUUCAUCCUUGAUGGCUUUCCUCGAACCAUAGGACAAGCGGAGAUACUUGAAGGAGUCACAGACAUUGAUUUGGUGAUCAAUCUCAAACUCCGAGAAGAAGCUCUGCUUGCGAAAUGCCUUGGCAGGAGGAUGUGCAGCCAGUGUGGAGGGAACUUCAAUGUGGCCUCCAUUGAUAUUGAGGGUGAAGAUGGUGGGCCUCGAAUGUACAUGCCCCCACUGUUGCCUCCUCCACAGUGUGAAUCGAAGCUGAUUGCUAGAGCAGACGAUACUGAAGAAGUGGUAAAAGAGCGGCUGCGUGUGUACCAUGAUUUGACUGAACCAGUGGAGGAGUUCUACAGAGCACGUGGGAAACUGCUGGAGUUCAAUCUGCCUGGUGGGAUACCCGAAUCAUGGCCGAAGUUACUGCAGGCCCUGAACAUAGAAGACCCCGACAAUAAGCGAUCUGCAGCAGCAUGAUUCUUGUUUUGUUAUAGGAAUGCACAUUCUAAAUUGAACAUCUGUAGACUAUGUCAAAGCUAGUCAAAUUGGUGGGCAUUCCUUACAUCUUUGGGAAGCCUACUCCAUUCUGGAUCCAGAUUAUUGUGGCAUGGCACUCAACUGUACAGUAGAUUGAUCAUCGAUUGGCAAGGUCGAUCGAUGGAUGUGCUGACUGUGAUCCUCGAACGUAAGGUGUGUAAAAAGGCAAGAAAAUAAUUGUUGGGCGUCGAGACAUUCACUUGUAGGUCGUACCAUGCAUAUGCUUGUUGAAAGAGGGGAGCAUGCCAGAAACGUCUGAUUUUUAUUUUUAUUUUUUUAUUUGGGAGGGCUGGCUGGCUGGAGCUUUUCGUGUAUGUGACGAGCUACCUAUGUACGCAAUACACUAAUACUACACUGCA